CUGGCCCGGGGUCACCCCUGGGACCGCGGGGUUCACGGAGCUUUACACCAGCCAGGAUCUGGGCAGUUAGCGAGAGCAGCUUAGGAUUUACCUCCGGUGCCGAGGGAAGCGAUUCAGCUGCGCACCGGCCGCGGGAGGAGACAGCCGGAGGGAGCCGGGGCCAGGCCGGGACAGAGCCCUGCUGCUCCCCGCGCCCUGCGGGGCCCGAGCCCCGCGGAGCCGUGAGUGCGGAGCAGAGUCUGCGGAUCCUUGGUCUAGUUUGCCCCCUUCGCCGCUGGAAAGAGCAGAAAGCCAGGCCAGGAGGGAGACGCCAGAGCCAGUCUGCAUUGGAGACAGUGCUGCAGGGAUCCCCUCCAGCGGGGCAGCUGAGGUGUCUGGUACGUCGAAACAUCAUGAUCAAGGUUUUAACGAGCUCUGGGAAGGUGACUCUCUUCCACCAGGAUUUGCAGAGUGGGGUCACCUAUCGGGUCCCUGCACUGCUGUAUAUCCCCACAGGCAAACUCCUGGCAUUCGCAGAGAAACGCUCCUCUGCCAGGGACGAGGACGCUGAGUACCUGGUGCUGAGACGAGGUCAGAAGACAGGGACUUUGAUCGAGUGGGAGCCCAGCGAGCCCUUGAGGAGCGCAGUGUUACCGGGUCACCGCACGAUGAACCCCUGCCCGGUGUACGAGCAGAAGAGUCAGACUGUCUUCCUGUUCUUCAUCUGCGUGAGGCAGCACAUCACAGAGCAAAGGCAGAUCCUCACUGGGCGGAACGCCGCCCGGCUGUGCUACGUCUGCAGCGGAGACGCCGGCCGGACCUGGAGCUCGUUAACAGACUUGACGGAGCAGGUGAUUGGGGAAGAUUUGAAGGUCUGGGCCACAUUUGCCGUUGGACCGGGGCAUGGGGUGCAGCUCCGCUCCGGGCGGCUGGUGAUCCCGGCUUACGUCUACCACAUUACCGCUCGCUGCUGCCGCCUGCCGCUGCCCUGCUGGACCCAGCCCCAGUGCUUGGUCUUUUAUAGUGAUGACGGCGGGCAGUGCUGGCACAAGGGUGAGCUGAUUAAGGGCAUGAAGACGGGGGAGUGCCAGGUGGCCGAGGUGGCAGGCCAGGCCUGCGAUCCCGUGCUGUACUGCAACGCCCGCAGCCCGUGCCGAUGCCGGGCAGCAGCGCUCAGCAGAGACCAGGGGCUGACAUUCGAGAGCCCCUCCUCAUGCAAGAAGUUGUGCGAACCGCCUCACGGCUGCCAGGGCAGCAUAGUGAGCUUCACACCAACACCGGGGCUUCUGGAGGCGGAUGGCGCAGAAGGGCCAGACACCUCAGUCCACAAGACGACCUGCCCGUUGAACAGUGGGAAUGCCGCCUCCGAUAUCCACAGACGCACCAUGUCAUGGCUGCUUUACUCCCACCCGACAAGUAAAUGCAAGCGGGUUGACCUGGGCAUCUACCUCAAUCGCUCUCCAUUGACGGAGGCCACCUGGGAACACCCCUGGCUCCUGUACGAAGGGCCGUGUGGUUACUCGGACCUGGCUGUGUGCCAGGAGGCGCCAGCGCCGCUCUUGUUUGGCUGCUUGUUUGAGUGUGGGGUGAAUUACGCAUGUGAGGCGAUCGCCUUCCAGCUCUUCUGCUUUGAGGAUCUCCAGAAGGGCAGAGGCUCCCCCUGCUUCCUGGGGCAGCAGCCCAACACAAAGCAAAAAUCCGACUAGCGAGAGAGACACACACUCACUCCCCCCGGAAGAUCCCCACCCCCAUGAGGCCUGGGCUUCCGAAAGCAGCCUCUUCUUUUGGGUGUCUCUGGUUCAGGUUCCGGGACUUCCUGGGGCCAGGCUUGCAGAGGAGCGACACAUCUGUCAUUCUGUCUGAGAUUGAGAACUUGGCCACAGCCCAGGCAGCCGCGCCAGCCUCUCCGUUGCCAUCCUACUGAUGUACCAGCACCCUGAGGCAGAUGCACCACCGCCGGGGGCCAAAACGCUUGCUGGUGUAAAUCAGCUUCACAGGUUACACCGACUGACGAUCUGGCCCAGAGAGAGGACUGCUCAGUCCGUACUCCACAGACCUGUCGAUCCUUGGUCCCUCUGCUGAGACUGCCUGUCCAUUAAGAAUUGCACUGCAACAAAAGAGAACUCACUCUGGGUGAAGGGGGAAAUGUGCUUUGGUGCUGGGGGUGCUGUCCUAAGUUCCCUGUAAGCUGCGUGGCCGUGCAGCAGCCUAUUGAGUGUCCCACAGGCGCUCGUGGAACUCGCCCGGCUGGGACCUGCCGUGGCCGGGCCACCCCUCCCCAGGCCCCAACUCAGCCCGGACUUGCUGUGGCUGGUGGGAGGGACGCCCUUCUCCCAGACCCAACCCAGCCCCAGACCUGCUGCGGCAGGGAGAGGCACCUCUCCCCAGCCCAGGUGCUGCUGUGGGGAGAGAGAGCUGGGGGGGAGUCCCUCUCUCCCCACCGUAGCCCUGGGGCAGCCUGUACCCCAAACCCCUCAUCCCUGGCCCCAUCCCAGUAGCUGCACCCCCAUCUGGCGUCCCCGCACCCUGACCCUCUGCCCCAGCCCUGAGCCCCCUUCUACACUCUGAACCCCUCGGCCCACUGCCACCACAUGAAUUUUGUUAUGUGCGCCAAUAUGGAGGUGAUAUGUGACACAUGACCUCCAUAUUGGUGCACAUAACAAAAUUCAUUCUGCAUAUGGGUGGGAAAAGUUAGAGAGAACACUGGUGCUGUCUUAUUAAAUGUGAUACUAAAAACGUGACCACAUGCGGUCACUGAAGAGCCCACGUUUGCAGGAGUAGUAGUUUAGCAUCUUGGCCAUUUCUCAGUUCAGGGAACAAUCGAAGCAGCUUCCUUAAAACAUUCUUUGCCGUGACAGCUGGAGAAGUUGUUCAAGUAUUUCCUCUCCUUGGCCGGAUCCCGAUGUACCUGGUGUGUGGGUGAAUGAGCUGUUUGUUCAUUUGUUCUGUAAACUGCUCCAGGAGCAUACACGUCCCUCCCUUCAUAAAUCAACACCACGGUGUUGCUUCUGCCCUGGGGAGUAAGCAGGCACCAGCUUGGAGGCAGACGCCAAUGCUACUCCCCAUCAUGUCUGUGCACGUCACCUCCAAGCCGUGCAGCAUCUCUGCUGUGUUACUGGUGUGCUAGAGACCCCAGGUUAGCCUGUGGCUCUCCCUCCUGAAAAUAGUUAUAGAAAGCCCUGUGGUGUAGCAUCUAUGGUGCUGGACUGAGACUUGGGGGACCUGAAGUCUGUUCCUGGCUCUGCUGCUGAACUCGUGGGUGACCUUGGGCAAGUCUCUUUGCUUCUCUGUGACUCAGUUUCCCUCCCACCCUUUGUCAUGUCUGUUUAAAAUGUCCGCUCUUUGGAGCACAGCCUGUCUCUUACCAUGUGUCUGUAUAACAAAUGGGGCUCAGUUAGGGCCUCUUGAUGCUACUGGAAAAUCAAUAAGUAAUAGUAUUACAUAUUUAUAAGCAGCUACCUUAUUUCUCCUCCCCCCCCCCACCCUUAGUUGGCACUUAGCCAAGCAGUACAUAUCUAGCCAUUACAGAGGCAGAACCUGCAAACACUCAUCCACCUGCUUAGCUCUACUCACAUGAGUAAGUGCCAUUGACUUCAAUGGGACUCCUCACACAAGUAAAGCUACCUGCAUUUCUAGGAUCUAGCCCCAAAUCUUUCGUGGUGAGCUAGCAGGCCUGAUUCUGAUCUCACUUGCUCUGGUGUAAAUGACACAGUUUCAUAGAAGCUGAUGGAAAUCCCAGGCGUAAGCGAGAUGAAAAUCAGGCCAAUUAUUUUGAAAUCCAUCCCUGCAGGAUCUCUGCUGCCCUGUGAAAAUCCCUUUAAUCACUUGAUGAUGAA